AUGGAACUACACAAAAGUCCUGAAGUUCAGCGGAAGAGUAGUGAGGCAAGGUGGAAGGCAAUCACUGAAUUUAAAACAAAGUAUCCGAAUGCUGAUAUGAGUAAGUUUGAGUUUGAGGUUGACAUAGAUCUUAGGUUGACUCUAGUCUUAAGAAUCUUCAGUGGAACGAUCACACUGUCAAGCAGAUUACAUCGAUAGCUAGAUACCACCUUUACUACACCAUGAGAAAGUUUGCUAAGAACGCGGAGUUAAUGAAAGCGUACGUUCUUAGUUGGGUGAGAGGUCACCUUCCAGUUAACAUUCAGUUACAAGGGUGGCUAACCCAACAAAUGAUAAGUCAGCUGUUUCUAAGAAGUGUGGGUCACUGAUCGUGUAAGUAGGAGUACAAUAAAUACGUACUGGAGGAUUCACAAUGACUGGCAGUAUUGACAUGGGCGGGCACACCAUUGAGAAGCUCAGAUUGUCUUCACUUAAUAACCCCAACAGGGAAUCUGUACCUAACACCGGCUGGGUCUCAGACAAGUUUAUGAGUAAGGCCUGGUUGGCGGCUUGGUGGAAGGUGAUAUUGACAUGGGAGAUUCUAUAGUGAUAUUGUUAACUUGCGUGAUCCCACUAACUCUAAGGAUGCUGUGAACAAGCAGUGGGUGACAAACAACUUCUUCAGUUCGAAGUGUCAUACUAGUGCAACUGGCAAUAUUGACCUCAAUGGUGGAAGUGUGCUGAACUUGAAGACAGUACGUACCACCUGAUGGGAAGGCUGGUAUUAACAGUGACUAUGCCGAUUCAAGGUACGUUAGGAAGGUCCACCACAUAGUCACACAGUGGGUCUGGGGUUUUCGGGGAGUCACACAUGCCGUUGUUAACGACCAGGUUCCACCCUCCUGGAGAACUGAUACCAUUAACAAUUUGACUAACAUAAAUUUGGAAUCCAUUACUGUGAAGUCAGACGCUUCCCGUUUCACCGAUAUUACUAAUCUUAAUACUGAGCUGAUCCUUUGGGCUACCGUUUAUGAAAAACAGUCUAAUGGUAAAUUUCAUCAGGUAAAGAAGGAGAUUGUAAUUCGAACUAUUGAUUUGAGUGGGUUCUCUCAUACUUACUUCCUUGGGACAUAUCAAAGUGAUGGCGCAAGUGGUGCUUGUUAUGUCUUCAAAGGUAAGUAAGAGUUAAUUACCGAGAACCGAGGUAUUUAGUCAAAUACAGGCCGAGGCGCGCAGCGCCGAGGCCUGUAUUUGACUAAAUGCCGAGGUUCGAGGUAAUUAACUGACUUAUUACAUGAUUGAGAAGGUUUUCACAAAAGAAUAAUAACAGCAUUUAAUGUACGUUUAUGAAGACAAUGGGUAUUGUUGUGUUCAAAGAAGACAAAUGAUCUUAGGCCCGUUUUAAACGUCGAGCUUUUUAUGUACCGAAUACAUUAAAAACGAUAGAUAAUCUGCUACAGUACCUCAUUAUCUAUUGUUUUUAAUGAUUUCUGUGCAUGAAAAGCUCGACGUUUAAAACGGGCCUUAUUUGUUAGCAAAGUUGGAAAUAGUUUUGCUUUGAAUUUGGGUGUACAGGGUGUAUCAAAAAAAGCGCAACCUCGGAAUUUCCCAAGAAAUCCACAUUGUUUUAAAGACAAAAGAUUUUAAGCGCCUGGGAAUUUAAAAUAGCACAACUGUCAAAAUUACUGCACACGCGAGUGCAUAAAGCAAAAUUUAUGCAUUUAUUUAAUGCACAACAAUAGUAAUAUGAUCUAUUGACAAUCCGAUUUCAAUUCCCAGGGGCCUAAAAUCUUUUAUGCUUAAGAAUUGGAAAGUGAUUUCUUAGGAAAUUCCGAGGUUGCGUUUUUUUUUAUUAUCCCUGUAGUUUGUAUUGUUCAAAUGCCUAAAAUUUUGUAUAGUGGUAUGUAGAUUUAGGAUUUUAUUGUAUGUAUGAUUAGAAGUGAAAUUACGUAGAAUUCGCGUAGUGUUAUUUGUUUUAGUCGAGUUUAAACAGAAUGGCAGAUAUCGCGAAAGUUUAGCGGGUCUGACGCAGAACACGUUUCUGAAGGCACCUUUAGAGCCUUGUUUCGACCUGUUCAGUGGAUUAUUGGAGGGCGAUUGCAAUGUUGGUGAUGGUAGUAAUAAUACCUCGAAUAAUACAAUAACAUAUUCUGAUCAUGUUUUAACGGCGGAGAAAGAAUUAAAUGAAGCCUUAAAAUGCCGCUACUCUGAAAAUAGGCGAAAAAUAUCGCUAGUUACAGACAAGGAAGUUUAG